AUGCUCGUUCCUCUUUCCAAGAUUCGUCAGAUACGUGACGAAGAGCCCAUUUUACAAGAAUGGAACAGCCACCUUGAUGAUUGUGGUAGAGGUUUGAAUGGUUGGAAUCUCUGCUUGACCUGUUAUGUGGCCGUUCUUCAGGAAUCGUUCCCGAAGUUCUCGGCUAAGAAUCACAUCAACGUGACCUUUUGCCAGCACUAUCCUAAAGUUCUUGAAGACCUCACUUUGACUGAAGAAUACCUCAUUGCCAGAUGUCAUCCCAUUGGCGUAGUUCUGAAACUACGAUCCGCAGGUCGAUCUUCUCCCCUUCAUUACGAUGCCGUUCGGGGACAUUUCAUCGUUAUACCUCAAGAUCCAGGCCCGCUGCUUUCCAUCCUGCCCAGUCCUGAGCUUGUACUUCAUAAUCUGAUCAAGGUAUUCUGGAUAGGACAUCGGCCACCAACACAAAAUGAUCUAAAGCCAUUCCUAAUUGUUCGCAAACACGCAGUUCUUGCAGCUUUACAAUAUCUGGUUGAGCAUAACCAUCUCUAUACUGACGUGACAAUCAAUCACUCAAUCACUGACGAGUGGCCCGACGACUUCAUUCCCCCGGAACUGCAAGAUUCUGUGAUUCUUCUUGAUAGCGAUGACCACCAUGAACGAGAAGGAUAUACUGUACACUUACAGGACGGUAAUUAUGAAAAUGACUGGCAAGCGGCCGAGAAUGGCUUCUCUACUCAAGAUGCUGUUCCCUUCCUAACUACAGCAUCCGUUGCCACGGACAUCAAUGGGGAGCGACAGAAUCCAGAGGCCCGCAUAUUGCAUACUCUAUAUAAUUUGGUUACGAACGCAGUACCAGACGCUAAUCGAAGUCCGCCUCAGGAACUAGGAUCUGAUCUUACGGAGACUGAGGAUACAAGAACACCUGUAAUAUCCUACCAAAUCCAGGGAAAAGCCACGCUACUGAACCACUGGAAAGAUCCACAUUACUUCACUGCCGCCUUUCCUACACUCUUUCCCAAAGGAAGUGGUGGCCAUUUAGAUGAACGCAAUGUACCAGUCAGCAUAGCAGCUUUCGCUAACUGGGCGCUUCGCCAUCAUAGUAGGAGAUUCGCUCGUCAUCGGACUUUCAUGUAUCUACUGUAUGAUGUUAUACAGCUUCGAAGAUCUUCUCUAGGGAAUGCUUUACUUUCCAGACGUUCAGAUUGGAACUCGAUAACGCGUGAUAUCAACACUGUAACUGUUACACAACUGGAGAAUGCUACCACGGCCCUCUCUGCUGGCCAGCCGGUAGACAACCCAGUUAUUCAGCGACUGCUUCGAAACGUAACCGCUAUUGGUGUAAAAGUCCCAGGGUCGUUCUUCCACAAACUCCAAUUGCGUGCGGAGCUUCGAGGUCUCAUAGUGCGGGAAGGCAUGGCUGCCUUUUGGCUCACAAUCAAUCCCUCUGACCUGCAAAAUCCUCUCGUUCUUACUCUCGCUGGUAUGGAUGUCUCCAACACUGCCAUGCCCACUGCAACCGCAGCUAUUCAUCAUGCUGUGGCGACAUCGAAUCCCGUCGCAGUAGCACAGUUCUUCCAUUAUACAUGCAAAGCAAUUCUAAACAAACUUCUUACUACCGAUUCUGAGAAUACUGGAAUCUUUGGUGACGUGUCCAAUUAUUUUGGUGUUGUAGAGACGAAUGGUCGUGGUAUGCUUCAUCUACAUACCUUGGUCUGGGUACGUGGAAAUCUGGAGUUUACGACACUACGUGAUCGACUGCUUGGGGACGCCAACUUUGCGGCCCGGAUGAUACGUUACCUUGAGACCGUCAUUGUGCAGAGUAUCAGUGAAGUUGAUGAACGAGAUCCUAAUGUCCUUCCCCCAAAGGACUUUCCCUCAACGAUCAACGGCGAAUCGGACUUCGAAUUUUAUGAUCGUUUGCUUCGUGAUAGCAAUAACGUCGCGCGUCAGAAACAACUUCAUUCAAAGAAUCAUUCUGCAACAUGUUUCAAAUACAAGCGAAACGGAUCCGACGAAGUCGAACAAGAUCCGACACGACCUGGAAAGGGACUUUCCUUACAACUUCGUCUUUCACUUCAUAUUCCUGAAAAGGAUAUCCAAUCCGACGAUGUUGAGCUACAGGAUAUACCUACUGUAGUCCGCUUUUUCGCUGAGGUUGGCAAAUCGGAUGCCUACCAACCGAAUGUUUUUGUUUAUGCUUGGGGUUCCUUCCUGACAACAUCUCUACCAGAUCAAGGCUUCCAUAUUCUCAUGCACGCCCAUGCGGUUGAUCGACAUCCCGGAAACCAAGAUGAUACCGAAUCAUACUUUAUGCACUGCCCUGAGGCAGCUCAACCAACGGUUACCUUUCUUGGAACGAUAAUGGAGCGCGGCGGCCAACUGAACGACGGCCCAGUACUACUACACUACAGACUUCAAACAACAGUCUAUGAUAACUCUGCUCGAGCGCCUCAAACCUUCCCAAUCACUGCAUACUUCAAAAAUGGAUCACGAUGGACAAAUUUCCCUGUUUUAACACCACAGACCCAAAUCUUCAUCACAGGCCGUAUUUUCGGAGUCACGAAAGAAAAUCAACAACUAGCCAUACUAACUGAGGAUAUACACUUUCUUCCAACCACCCCAAGUCCCAUACCACCCAGCCCCUCUUCAACAACUGGCAAACGAAAACGUCAUGAUCGCUGGGCAACACGAGCUUCACCAAGCACACCAUCAAAAUCUACUAGACACCAAAACGCCACCUCCGUUCCUGACUUCCAGGACGGGUCUAAAGUGGAUCUAUCAGGCCCUUCAAUGCCAAACAAUACAGAUACGACCGCCUUGGAGGACGAUAAUGAUACACUAGUCACAUGGCCGGACACCGAACUUGACCCUGACCCGACACAUCCUGAAGACUCUCCCUCUGAAAGACGUUCUCAAAGACGGCGAAAAACGUCCUAUGUAGACAUACUUUCUCAAUAUACCUGA